AGAGUAUUCAAAUAUAUCGACAAGUAAACAAGUGAUAUCAAAGUAAAAUCGUAAAACACUGUUUUAAUUGCGAAGUUUUUGAAAGUAUUUUGUGUGUGAUAAUAUAUAAAAAAUGGUGAAAGCUCCAGCAAUUGGUAUUGAUUUGGGCACCACAUACUCCUGUGUGGGAGUCUGGCAGCAUGGAAAAGUGGAAAUUAUCGCCAACGAUCAAGGCAACCGAACAACACCAAGUUAUGUUGCCUUCACAGAUACAGAGCGUCUUUUAGGGGACGCUGCGAAGAACCAAGUGGCGAUGAAUCCUAGUAAUACCGUAUUUGAUGCAAAACGUCUCAUCGGUAGAAAGUUUGAUGAUCCAAAAAUCCAACAAGAUAUCAAACACUGGCCCUUUAAAGUUGUGAGCGAUUGUGGAAAGCCAAAGAUCCAAAUCGAUUACAAAGGGGAGCGAAAAACCUUUGGUCCAGAAGAAAUUAGUUCGAUGGUACUUACAAAAAUGAGAGAAACAGCAGAAGCCUACCUGGGAACCAAUGUUAAAGAUGCAGUUAUCACAGUUCCAGCCUAUUUCAACGAUUCACAAAGACAAGCCACUAAAGAUGCAGGUGCCAUUGCUGGUCUCAAUGUUUUGAGAAUCAUUAACGAACCAACGGCAGCAGCAUUGGCCUAUGGUCUUGACAAGAAUCUCAAAGGUGAAAAGAAUGUACUUAUUUUUGAUCUGGGAGGAGGUACUUUCGAUGUGUCCAUCCUUACAAUUGAUGAAGGUUCAUUAUUUGAAGUACGAGCCACAGCUGGUGAUACUCAUCUUGGAGGAGAAGAUUUCGACAACAGGUUAGUCAAUCAUUUUGCUGAUGAGUUUAAGAGAAAAUUCAGAAAAGAUCUAACAAGUAAUCCAAGAGCCCUUAGAAGAUUAAGAACAGCUGCAGAGAGAGCCAAACGUACACUCUCAUCCAGUUCUGAAGCCACUAUAGAAAUAGAUGCCCUUUUUGAAGGUACUGACUUCUAUACCAAAAUUAGUCGAGCAAGAUUUGAAGAGUUGUGUUCCGAUUUGUUCAGAAAAACACUUCAACCAGUUGAAAAGGCAUUGAAUGAUGCAAAACUAGAUAAAGGACAAAUUCACGAUAUUGUUCUUGUUGGUGGCUCCACACGCAUUCCUAAAAUUCAACAUCUUCUGCAAAAUUACUUCAGUGGCAAAUCUUUGAAUUUGUCUAUCAACCCAGAUGAAGCUGUAGCUUAUGGGGCCGCUGUACAAGCAGCAAUAUUGAGUGGUGAAACUGAUUCUAAGAUACAAGAUGUAUUGCUAGUUGAUGUAGCUCCAUUAUCAUUAGGAAUUGAAACCGCAGGAGGUGCCAUGACUAAUAUAAUUUCUAGAAACUCAAGAAUUCCUUGUAAGCAAACCCAAACAUUUACUACAUAUGCUGACAACCAAUCUGCUGUUACUAUACAGGUAUAUGAAGGUGAAAGGGCUUUGACAAAAUACAAUAAUCGUCUGGGCACAUUUGAUCUUAGUGGUAUCCCUCCUGCGCCUCGUGGAGUACCGAAGAUUGAGGUUACCUUCGAUCUGGAUGCCAAUGGUAUACUUAAUGUCUCAGCCAAAGAUACAAGUUCUGGAAACACUCGCAACAUAACCAUCAAAAAUGAUAGAGGUCGUUUAUCACAACAAGAAAUCGACCGAAUGUUAUCUGAAGCUGAAAAAUAUAAGGAAGAAGACGAACGCCAGAAACAGAAAAUUGAUUCGAGGAACCAACUUGAAGGCUACGUGUUCCAACUUAAGCAAGCUCUACAAGAAUGCGGAGACAAACUAUCUCCUGAGGAUAAAUCGACCAUUGAAAACGAAUGUGAGAGUUGCUUGAAAUGGUUAGACAGCAACAAUUUAGCGGACAAAGAAGAAUAUGAAGACAAACAAAAGUACUUAAACAGAAUAUGUAGUCCCAUUAUGUCAAAAUUGUAUCAGGGAAGUCAAAACAAUAAUCAAUAUAAUGGUGCAACAGCUGGUAGCUGUGGUCAACAGUACGGAGGAUUUGGAGGAAAUCAGAAUGGACCUACUGUGGAAGAAGUAGAUUAAUAUUUCUUUCUAGUCGCAUUUUUUUUUGUAAAUAUGUAAAUAAGACUGAUUUUUGUACAUGAUAUAACUAAACUAUUUUUUGUAUAUUACAAAAUAAACAUAU